AUGCGUUUCUCCGGCUCCUUUCUUGCCGGUGUGGCGACCAUCACCGCCGCGGCGCUGAGUACCGGCGCAACCCUUCUUCCGAAUGCAACAUCGCUUUCUGAACGAGGUACAACAUCAUCUACCAAGCGUGGCCUGGCGUGGGCCGCAGACUCUCGCUGGGCACCCACCAUCGCGAAGGGCAUGAUCAACUGGUACUGGCAUUGGGAGGACGGCCCGCUGACGGUGCUCAAUGGGCAAGUCGCUAUAGAAUACGUGCCCUGCUACUGGGGUCCCAGAAAAUCCUCCCAAUGGUCGCAGCGCAAGGCUGAAUUCUCCAAGAACGGGCUCCCGGCGUAUAUUCUCGCCCAGAACGAGAUCGACGUCAGCUCUCAGGCCAACCAAGGCGCAUCCGACGCAGCAGCGACGUGGGCCAAAAGCUUGGCGCCGUACCAGGCGCAAGGCGUGAAGAUCACCUCACCGCAGAUUGUCUGGAAUGUCAAGCUGCUACAAGAAACUGCCUCGAUCCUCAAAUCACAAUACGGGUUGGAAUGGGAUGUGACUGCAAUCCACUGGUACGGCGGCUCUGAUUCAAAGAGCCUGGCGAGUUUCAAGUCGUACGUGCAGAAGGUCCGCUCUGCAUUCCCGAACAAACCAAUCUGGGUCACCGAACUUGGCGUGACAACCGCUUCGGGCGGGACGCAGGACCAGGUCAAGACGUUCCAUAUGAACGCCAUCCGCUGGCUCAACUCGCUGGGCUACGUCGACCGCGUCUCGUGGUUCGGGUGCUUUGCUACGCCACCCGACAACUACGGCUCCAAGCUGAACCGCUUCUUCAACUCGAACGGCAGUCUGCGCGGCCUUGCGUACUGGUACAUGUACACCAGUUAA